AUGCCUUUAGCAUCCCCUACCCUAUCACUCCGCGAGGUCCAUACACAGACUCCCGGGCAGCAAUUUCCCCUGACCAAUAUAGAUAACCCAAAUGAUAUCGCUCAGGAAUUGAGCAACUUGCAAGCGCUCAGGCGUUUAUCUAUGGAUGUGGGCAACAGUAUUGAUCCAGAUAUACCGCCAAUGUCAUUAGCAGCAAUGCCGGCCGUAGCGCCACGAGGAGGCGACGAUGAAAAUGACCCGUCGAGGUUGCUUUGGGUGCCAGCUAGGGUACACCCAGAGCUUGCCCCAACUGAAUUCAAGACCUUCCUGGCAAGUCGCCUUCAGUCAAUUCGGAGGAGAUCCGGGGAUUCAUUUCUUUCCGUUUCGGAUGAAAAAUAUGGCAAUGAAUCAGAUCCUAUAAACGCCUCAUCAUUAAGGAGAAAGAAGUCUUUACUUUCUCGCCAAAUUGACAACUCAGACGAACGAACUCCUGAAGGAUUCGCCGAUGGGAUAGACAGAUCAGAGAGACAUGGUUUCAAGGAUAAUCAGCAAGACCGAGAACUGAGUCUAGAUGAGCUAGUAAAAGACCCUUCAAAAGCAGUUCAGAGGCUUGCUCAAGAGUCCCAUAGCUAUUCAGGCAGUUUAGAGACUGGAAUGGAUGAUAUGCCCAUCCUCCCAGUUGCACCCAGUAGCGGAUUACGGAGAUCAACUCGGACAACAUAUCGCAAAGGAGGGAGUUUACGAUUCGGGGACAAAGCAUCGUUUUCGAAGCGAAUGGCACAACGCCAACAGAGCGGCGAAACUAUAGAGGUGCCCGUUGCGGCGGCUGAAGAUAUCUCUCGGGGAUAUCCGCUGAUUAAAGUCCAAUCAGAGCCUGCUUCUGAGAAUUUCUCAAGGCCAACGCGGCCGGAUCGAAGACAAGAUAGAUUUUCACAAGAACCGACAGCAACGUCAACAGAUCUCGACAGUUCUUCGGCCUCAAGGCCAUCUCAGUUCUCUGGCCGAGCUACCAGCAACAUCAUUAACCCAGAUAAACCAAGCGUUUCUCAAGAUAAUCGGCAGCCAGAAAAAUUCCCACAGCGUUCUUCAUCUCAGGCCAAUGCCGUAACAGAUGAGGCUCAGUUUGAAUCUACGACGAAUAAUGUUAGCGAUGACUCACUCAACCACUCGAAUUACCACUCUCUAUCCAGCAAUGCCAAACUCGAAGACAACAGUUCGCCUAGCUCUGCGAAAUCAUCUGUUCCGAUUGUGGCGCAAACUGGUACCGCUGCUGUUGUGAGCCCGGUCCCAUCUGGUGCUUCAAAUGGCAACGCAAAUCGCACUGACAUCUCAACCGGUGCCUCGGCGCAUACGCGAGACGACAAAAAAUCAGACAAGAGAUCGAAAAGAGAUAAGGACGAGGACUCUCAUAAUUCCACCAGGUCUGGCUCCGCAUGGAAAUGGCUCAAGGGUGUUGCAGAUGAUAGAGACAAAAAGAAAGAUGAGAGCAAGAAGUCUAAGCAUAAAUCCACAUCUGAAAAAGUCCAGGAUAAUGUGCGAUUGGAUGUGAUCCAAACUUCAAUUGAAAAGACUGCUACCAAGGGUCGCGAAAGUUUAGUCCUUGACCGGGAAAGCCUCGAUAAUAAGCUUCCAGACGAACGAAAGAAAGAGAGCCAUCGCAAAAGCGACUCAAAGAAGGAAAAGGAUGGGAGUUUGUUCUCUUCCAUCUUUGGUGGUGGCAAGAAACGAGAAGAGAAAGAGAAGAACAAAAAGUACCAGCAGCUGUUGCAUGUUCCGGAAGACAUCGUGCCUUACAAGCCUUUGCAACCAGAUAUUGAUUAUAACUGGACUCGCUUUCCACUUCUGGAAGAGCGCGCUAUCUAUCGAAUGGCACACAUCAAAUUAGCAAACCCUCGCCGGUCACUCCACAGCCAGGUGCUUCUGAGCAACUUCAUGUACAGCUAUUUGGCAAUUGUCCAAGCUAUGCAUCCCCAGAUGAAUGUUCCAAUAUCACCCCAACAAAAGCGGCUCGAAGAGGAGGCACGCCGGAAACGAGAAGAACAAGAAUACAUGGCUCAGCGUGAUGCACAGGACGGCGCAGAUGAACAAGACCAACACCAGAGUCUUGAGCAGUACGAUUUUAAUUAUCAUCGUACGGCAGUGCAAUACGCUGAUUCCAGUUCCGAUAAGCCGGUCGAGUAUGUGGAUGAUGCUCAGAUAUAUGAAGAUGAUCACACACACGAUAAUCAUGGAGGUUACGGUGAUGACGAUUCUGGCGGCUAUGGCCAGGAGGUGAAGGAUUAUUAUCGAUAUCAAAAUGAUGUCUCAGAUCGACAUACUGGCCAGGAUGGCGUGUGGUGAUACUUGAGCCAUAGGAUUGACUAUCCGCCCAGUUUCACAGAUUAUUUUCACAGUUUGUAACAUUUCCGGUGCGUGUUGUGGCGCAAUGGCAUGUAUGUCUUGUAUUUUUGGAGAAGAGGGGGAUUGUGGGUGGCGGAAUUCUAGUAUACAGCGGCGUUUAAGGAGCUUUGGUGCGUCUUGGUUCUCCCCCCAUUGGGAGUUGAUUGGAGAGCGUGCAAGGCUGAGAUAGCGGUGUCAUGGCCAUUUUUCGUGGGAAAUAGAUUAAACGACUAGAAGUCGUGACUAUUAAUCAAACUGAUGGAUAUCAUUGUCG